UGAAUAAGGGGACUUUCUUUGAAAGAUGGUGAGAGUUAGUGUGUUGAAUGAUGCCCUCAAGAGCAUGUAUAAUGCUGAGAAGAGAGGAAAACGUCAGGUCAUGAUCAGACCCUCUUCAAAAGUGAUCAUCAAGUUCCUUUUGGUUAUGCAAAAGCAUGGAUAUAUCGGGGAGUUUGAGUAUGUGGAUGACCACAGAUCUGGUAAAAUUGUGGUUGAGCUGAACCGAAAGUUAAACAAGGGUGGUGUCAUUAGUCAUCGUUUUGAUGUUGGUGUUAAGGAUAUUGAAUCAUGGACUGUCAGGCUGCUUCCUUCAAGACAGUUUGGCUACAUUGUGCUCACUACCUCUGCUGGCAUCAUGGACCAUGAAGAAGCAAGGCACAAGAAUGUUGGUGGGAAAGUUCUUGGUUUCUUUUAUCAGAAAACAUGUUUUGUUGUCUGUUUUGUUUGAAUCCCUUUU